CGUCCUACUAGCCAAAAUGCAACAACUACAGAGAGAGCUCAAAACGGCCAAUGAGUUGAACACAAAACUUCUUCAAGAACAGGAAGAAUGUGAGCAGGAAAUUGAGUCUGUUGUUCGAACAAAUACAAGUCUCAAAGCCCAGCUUGCAACUCAAGAUGUCGAAUUCGAAGAUAUGCAGGGGCAGCGAGAUGAAUUACAGGCCAUCGUUGACAGAUUCAAGCAAUGUCAGGAGAUACACGAGCAGGCACUGCAACGCAUCCAGGACCUGGAACAGCAGCUGGAGGAGUCAGAAGCAAAAAUGACUUGCAAGUAUUGCUCGGGCCAGGCCAGACCGACGGAUAACAAUUUAAUGCCGGGCAGCGGGUACCCGCUGCGCAUGGAGUCACCGCGGCCUACGACGCGCCCCGUCGAGCCGGAGUCGCCCGCGCUGCGUGCCGCGUUGGCCGCGCCGGGGACACCCUCCCUGCGCGCCCUGUUCGCCAAGCGCCUCUCCCUCGCGUCCGAGCCGCGCCGCGACCCCGAGCCCGCCGUCCGCACCGCGGCCUCGCCGCCGUCACGGUCGCGCCUCGCGGAGCCGGCCCCGCCGCCGCCGCCGCGCGCCGUCGAGUCGGCUCCCUCGCCGCCGAGCCUCGCCAAGCUGGCUCUGGCGCUGCUGACCUACGUCGAGCCCUCUCCGUCGCCGCCCGCCACUGCGCCGCCGCCGCCGCCGGGCGCCGCACCCUGCCGUGCGCCCGCCACUGCCCCGGCACCGCCGCCGCGCCCGCGCCCGCGCGCCGCCCGCACCGUGCUGUACAGUGACGAGGCGGGCGUCGGCCUGGGCGCGCUGCUGGCGGAGCGCCUCCACCACCGAGUCAUCAACGACUGUCACCCGGGGGCCACCGUCGAUCGACUGAUCGAAUGUAUCUCUGCAGGCGAGUUUGACUGCGACUCCACGCUCGUAGUUUUCAUAGGGAACAGUGUCGACUGUACUAAGCGAGAUAUUUUAAAACUAUCCGCUACUCUGUCGAAGGUCGACCGAGAAGAGGUUGCGAAGAUCAUUAUUUGUGCGCUCCCGUACAGAAUGUCUAGCAAAGUCAACAAGAGGGUGUUUCACUACAACUCUUUAUUAUAUAAUUUGGCGUUGUACAGUAGUACGAUUUCGUAUUUUGAUACGAAUAAAUUUAUAGAUGAGUUUGUUAUGCCUUAUAAGAAAACCUACCUACCGAGGAGAUGUUUAGUAGAAUGUGCUGACCUGUUAGCGUAUAACAUUAAAGGCCCCGACGUGGCUAGCACGGCGUUUAAUAAUAAUAUGAAACGGUUUAAUUUUUCAUGCCCCGGUAGCGAGGGUUUCGAGAUGAAGCCGUCUGGUGAUUUGAAUUUAAACUAACAGCUCCGACAACGAGUGCACCAGCCGGCUCCAUUUUUAUUGAUCACUGCGAUGCUAGUAUGAUAGGUAAAACCAAUUUAUUGAACCUGGUUCACCAAAAUAUCCAAGGAUUCACUUGUAAGGAACUUGAAAUUGAUUUGUAUUUGCAGUCGUCGAAUAUUGACAUACUCUGUAUUACUGAGCACUGGCUUAAAGAACAUGAAUUUAUGUUUAAUUUUAAGAAUCAUAGUAUAAUUAGUUCUUUUUUUAGGAAAUCUAGUAACCGUGGCGGGUCAUUAAUAAUGGUUAAGCAUAACUUAAAAAGUAAAGAGCGCAGAGACAUUGUUGACAUGUCUGUAGAACGCCAUAUUGAACUUUCUUGUGUUGAGAUGGACCAAUUUAUCAUUAUAUGCGUGUACAGGCCCCCUUCGGCGGACUAUAAUGUAUUUGAAUCAGUAAUAGAUGACGUACUUAGUAGUGUUUUUAGAACCCAAAAAAGUAUAAUUGUGUGUGGCGAUUUUAAUGUCAACAUACUUGAACAUUCGCCAUUAUGUGGAAGGUUAUUAAACACCUUCAAAUCCUUUAACUUGGUUAACUUAUUCUGCGAACC